AUGGACGUGCUGGCCAAGAAAGGCAGAGAUGCGGGCGUGCGGCUGAUGAUAGAUGCUGAGCAGAGCUACUUCCAGCCGGCCAUCAGCCGCCUCACCCUGGAGAUGCAGCGCAGGUUCAAUGUGGAUAAGCCGCUCAUCUUCAACACAUUCCAGUGCUACCUCAAGGAUGCCUAUGACAAUGUGACCAUGGAUAUGGAACUGGCUCGCCGUGAGGGCUGGUGUUUUGGGGCCAAGCUGGUACGUGGUGCAUACAUGGAUCAAGAGCGUGCCAGGGCUGUGGAGAUCGGCUAUGAGGACCCCGUCAACCCUACAUAUGAGGCCACCAAUGCCAUGUACCACAGGUGCCUGAACUACGUCCUGGAGAAGCUGAAGCGCAGCCCCAGGGGAGUGAUGGUGGCUUCCCACAAUGAAGACACAGUAAGCUUCACACUCCGCAGGAUGGAGGAGUUAGGCCUGCAUCCUGAUGAUGGCCAGGUGAGCUUCGGACAGCUGCUGGGGAUGUGCGACCAAAUUAGCUUCCCACUAGGCCAGGCAGGAUUCCUGUGUACAAAUAUGUACCCUACGGUCCCGUGA